CAGAUUUGCUACGCCUUGAAAGCCUCAGGUAAACAUGCUGUGAAAGACAAUAUAAAGCGCUUAUUGGACAAUUGGUCAUCAGCAUUUUUAACUCAAAUGACCGAAGUCACUACUACCCAAUCUCCAGGAAUUCCAAACUUUCUCAGAAAAAUUAACAAAAGACAACCGUUGACAAUGGUUGCUAUUGGAGGGUCAAAUACCGCUGGCGGUGACUUGGAAAGCUUCCAGCAAACCUACUUCAAUCAAGCAUCUGCUUUGUGGAACAAAGAUAUGUACCAGGUUACUGGGUCAACUAUGACGUCGUACGGCCUUGGUAUUGGAAAUACAGCAAGUGAUGUGUUUUCAUUUUGCUUCCAAAACUUUUUGCCUGAAARGCCAGUUGAUAUAAUUCUAAUUGAUGAAGCAGUUAACGAUAGAUGUAACCAAUAUGGAAAAGGUGCUCAACCUAUGGAACUACUGACUCGAAGACUACUAUUACUCCCAUCUAAGCCAUUGAUUAUAUAUAUCAAUUUAGUCAGCCCAAAUCAACAGAAUGGCAAAAUCAAAAAUGUGCAAUGCAAAAACAUGCAAGAUUUCGGGUUCGAUGAGCUUGCAAAGCACUAUGGAAUUCCUUUCAUUACCAUGAAAGAUUUCGUAUGUCCGUUAACUAGCUCUGGUACCAGAUUCCUUGACAAUUCUAAACUUGAUAUGUUCGUACGUUUUGGAAAUCACGUCAGUGAAAAAGCUCAUCACAAGAUUGCUGUUAUGAUUGUCAAAUACCUAACGAAGAUGUUAAUUGAAAACAAUGGGAAAUAUUUCCCAGGACAUCAUUCUGGUCCUCUUAAAGCUCCUAUUUUUACAACAGCCGCUAUAAGUGAUAGCCAAUUAUCACAAGCUAGAUGCUAUGCAGAGCUAACUCCAAACUGGAAACUACCUUUAAAGCAAACGCUUUCGAUUCGUGUUGUUCAUUUUCAUAUGUUUCAAUUCUACUCUCCAGGGACGGAACCAAGUUUUAAACCUCAUGCACAUUGGAGACUGGAUGCCAGUGGCGGAUGGGUAGCAAAACCCGGUCACGUCCGUCUUAAAGCAAACUUUACAAUURACAGUCAUGAUAAACCAAAAGAGCUCUAUUCAGUCGUUGCUAUUUUGAAGUUCAAACAAACAUCGCGAUUUUCUAUCAAGGUCUGGCUAAAUGACAACAUUAACUAUUGCACUGAAAUAUCGAUUACUAAACCUGGUUAUGAUUUAACGUUCAUUCGUGUUGUUCCAGUAGGAGCUCGUGUUCGACCUGGUAACCACUCAUUGUACCUUCAAGGGCAUGCGCAGUAUCUUCAUGUCAUUGGUGUUGCAAUUGGAUACCCUGGCUUUAGUGGCUUUGAAGGCUAUAAGCCUUUUGGAGGUACAGAGAAACCGUGUACGUGAACUGGAGUGAAUACAUCGGUAUUGUUCUGGGUAACCACUACCCGUUGCAAAAAUCGCUGUGUGGAUCAAUUCACUGCCUGCGCUGUUAAAGACUGAGCAACGCUGCUACCAGGAGAGUCUUCAGUCUUAAACGGAAAAACCGGCAAAAGAAAGAUGGCUGGUAGCAAAACCAAGCAGCAAUCAUAUUAAAUCAGCCAACAAUGAAACUAAAAAUUCAAAUGUAAAUAACAACAACAAAAAAUCAAAAAAGCUUGCGGCAAAGAAGUACUGGCAUUGAUGUCGUUCAUGUAAGACAGCAACCUGUUUUAUGCAAUAUUUAACCAAUUUUUAACCGCAUAUUACUAAGUGCUACUGAAUUAUGCGUAUAAUCCCUUUAUUAUCCCAGUGUCUAAUCAACAUUACUCAUAACACUAUUUGGUACUGUGAAGUCCUUGAAUCCAUGAAACGUACUAUAGAGUCAAUUUUGUAUGAGUGUGAAACGGACUGCACUGUACUGUAGCCGUAAUCGUACUGUAACCAAAUUCUAGUGUCUCAUUGCUUCACAAAAAUUGUGCAGACCAGGUCCGCUAACUGUGCAGUAACCUUGCGGUAAUUUCUACCGUAUGUUUCCCACUCAUACGAAAUUGACUCUAAGGUGUAAUAUAUUUGUCUAAUAUAUGGCUAUUUCAUGAAACGUUGGAUAGUGAAUAAAUAGUGUAGUUCA